AUGUCGCCUCAAUGGCAGUGCGACCUGUGCCUGACCCGCUUCACACGCUCAGAGCACCUCCGCCGCCAUGUUAGAUCUCAUGAGAAUAAAAGACCGUACGAGUGUAACCUGUGCCAGCGGUCAUUUACGCGGCGAGACGCAAAGACCCGCCAUGUGAAGACGUGUAAAGCGCCACCAAGCAAAAAGCAAAAUCAUGUCGCUCGCGACGUCACACAAGCAUCAACCCCCCAACUGUCAACUGGCUCCACCAAAGCGCUGUGCAACCAGAUCGAUGUUGAGGAUGAGUUCUUGACGAACAUGCCAUCCCCCUCUGACUUCACGGCCCUGGACUGGCUGUACUCGACACGGACGAGGACCGAUAGCAUCAUUUCCGCAGAGAGACUCGACUUCCUGGCCCAUUUCACCAGCGAAAAUGGAAUGGGUACGUUCCUUGCGCCGGAUGUCUUGAAGGAACGACAGGACCUGAUUCUGCGGCAGGAGCGGAUCGCUGGUCGAAUCGUCGUGCCAGGAGUGCUCCAUGUCGAUAGGGACGAGAUCGACCCGUUAACAACGCGAACAUUCGAGAUAGCACACCUCUUCCACGCCGUCAUUGCGGGUAAAGCAAGCGAAAGCAUCGUGAAACUAACCUGGACUGCCGGAAUCGAAUCGCUCUGCCACUCGUUCUUCUCAGCGGCUAAUAUCGCUCGCUUCCUUGGCUACUUUUGGGCGCUGUGGUAUCCGAACUGCCCGUUCAUCCAUCGGGCCUCGUUCGACGCGCAUACUGCACCAGCCGCGCUGCUGUCGGUCAUGCUGUUGAUAGGCGCCUGUCUUUCACCGCACCCGGAUGAUGCGAGAACGGCGAGGAUGUGGCUAGAUUGUGUUGAAGAGUUGGCGUUUAGUGAUGCGGCCUUUUCCGAGCAAGUGGCAGGUGCUGUCUCUGAUUUCGAUCAGCACUCCCUUGAAACAAAAAGAAUGAAGCUGGAGACCAUGCAAACGGCAUACCUUAUUUGCUCAUUGCAGAAGCGUGAGGGGUCGACUGAGGCUAGAGCAAGGCUCGCACGAGACUUCGGACUCGCGAAUGCCUCGCAUCGCAGCCUCACCAUGGACAAUCCCCAAGAGACAUGGUGGCGCCAGUUUGCUGUUGAGGAGGCCUUAAUCCGAACAACGACAUACAUCUUCCUUUUCGACGCCGCGCUGACGAUAUUCCACAAUUCGCCGCCCCGCAUGGUGGUAUCCGAGCUGAGAAUGGAAGUCACUUGUCCGGAGCCUUGCUUCCAAGCUCAAUCGGCAGAAGAGUGCUUUGCUGCGAUAAAAAAGUGGGAGGCAACGGCUUUCUGGCGCCACCAUAUGUCCAUCGCUGCGCUUGUGAAGGCCAUAUGCCAGGCCGAGCUGGAGCCGAAAGUCGUCGAGGCGUAUGCGGAUAUGGGCGCGUUGAAUCUCUUUACUGCCGUGCAGUGCCUCCACUCCCUCACAUUCCACCUCCAAAAUUCGCUUAUCUUCGACUCGACCCUGCUUCCCAUUACGACGGGACUGGAGAACUGGCGUCGGAUUUGGAAGAAACACAGAUACGACGAAGCGGAGAACCCGCGCCUCCGCGUCUCUCAUGAGCCGGGUAUGCUGUGGAAGGACGUCGGGGGCAGCUUUAUCAGCUAUGCGCCUGAGUUCUGGCAGCUGGCAAGGAUUGUCAUUGAGGGGAUUCGUGUUGGUGGUGCUGGCGAUGGAGUCGAUGAGGAAGGCAGGGACGGAGAGGGCGAUAGCGACGUUGGGGGAGACGAGGUGCUGAGGAGCGCAGGAAGCAUGAAGACAAAGACGAAGAUGCGGUAUGAUCAUACUGAUAUGAUGGAUGUAAAUGGGUUGAUUAUGGAGUAUCGCCGGAUGAGUCUUGGGGCGACUGUGUAG